AUGUCAACUUUAUUAGAAAGAACCAAGAGCGUACAAGAAUUGAAGAAGAGAGCUGCAGGGAAGACACCCGCAAAUCCCGCAGAGGUUGCAGAAGCAAAAAAAGUGCUAAAAAGACUGUAUAGUUGGGAUGAAAUCCCAGAAUGGCAAAGAGAUAACGAUUACAUUUUACAUGGGUACGUGAGGGAAACUUGUAGUUUUGUUGAGACUUUUAAAAGUUUGUUUUACAUGCAUAAUGAAAGUGUCAAUAUUUAUUCGCAUUUGAUCCCUGCACUCGGCUUUUUCACUGUCCUGUUGCUAGAUAAAUCAACUAUCAAGGUGUUUGAGACUACUACAUGGAAAGAUCAUAUGAUAAUUGAUCUCUUUUAUUCGGGAGCAUUUGCAUGUUUAAUACUGAGCAGCUCCUUUCACUGUCUGAAAAGUCAUUCCUUGAGAAUCGCCACUUUAGGUAAUAAACUAGACUACCUUGGUAUCUGCAUAUUGAUUGUCACAUCGAUGACUAGUAUUUUAUACUACGGUUACUAUGAAAAAUUUUCUUUAUUCUGUCUAUUUGCGCUUAUUACUGUUAGCUUUGGGAUUGCAUGUAGCAUAGUGACACUAAAAGAUAAGUUUCGCAAAAGAGAGUGGAGACCUUAUAGAGCUGGGCUAUUUGUUUGCUUUGGAUUAUCCUCCAUCGUUCCAAUAUUCAGCGGUCUUUACUGCUACACUUUUUCAGAAAUCUGGACGCAGAUCCAAUUAUUUUGGGUGCUGCUUGGGGGUGUUCUAUAUAUAAUCGGUGCCGUUCUUUAUGGGAUGCGGUUUCCUGAAAAAGUUUGUCCCGGCAAAUUUGACAUUUGGGGGCACUCUCAUCAACUCUUCCAUUUUUUGGUUGUUAUUGCGUCAUUCUGUCACUUGAGAGGUUUAUUAAACAGCUAUGAGUUAGUUCAUCUAAAGAUGGAAGGUAAAAUUGUCUCUUAG